AUGUCAGGUCAAACCUCUAAGACUGUCUUGACAUUGGAUGCCGAAGCUGUCCUUUCCCUGAAAGAUGGAAUUAAUUUCAAGAAAAAUCCUCAAGAUGGCAAAUGUUACAUAAUUUAUAAGGACAAAAAUGGCCUGAAGGCUUGUAAGAACCAGUGCAAACAUCAGGGAGGUCUCUUCAUUAAAGAUAUUGAGGACAUGGAUGGCAGAACAGUUCGUUGUACAAAACAUAACUGGAAACUGAAUGUGUCAACACUGCAGUAUGUCAACCCACCAGACAGCUUUAUGCAGGAUGAACUAGAAAUUGUGUGGUUAGAUGCAGCAAAUGGGGGCUUGGAGCUUGUGGAAUUAAAUCCUCCAGACCCCUGGGUUAUAGAUCCCAGAGAUGCAGAGGAGCUGGAGGUUGGAGAAGUGACUUUAACCUAUCUGACUCAUGCUUGCAUGGAGCUGAAGGCUGGAGACAAAAGCAUGAUGUUUGACCCUUGGCUGACAGGCCCUGCAUUUGCCCGGGGCUGGUGGCUACUCCAUGAGCCUCCUGCCGAUGCAAUGGAGAGACUCUGCCAAGCUGACCUCAUCUACAUCAGCCACAUGCACUCAGACCACCUAAGUUAUCCUACUUUAAGGCUCAUGUCCAAAAGGCGUCCUGACAUACCAAUAUAUGUGGGAGACACUUCAAGGCCUGUGUUCUGGUUCUUGGAGAAAAGUGGGGCAAAUCUGACCAAUGUAAACGUGGUUCCAUUUGGUGUCUGGCAGAAUGUGGAUGAACAUUUGAGGUUUAUGAUUCUGAUGGAUGGUGUACACCCUGAAAUGGACACCUGUUUAAUAGUAGAAUAUAAAGGUCACAUGAUUCUAAACACAGUCGACUGCACUCGGCCAAACGGGGGACGACUGCCACAUGGUGUUGACUUGAUGAUGAGCGACUUUGCUGGUGGUGCCUCAGGAUUCCCAAUGACCUUUUAUGGGGGAAAAUACACAGAGAACUGGAAAGCUGAGUUCAUCAAGAAUGAGAGGAAGAAGCUCUUGAACUAUAAGGCCCAGCUGGUGAAGUCCCUCCAGCCAAAGAUUUACUGCCCUUUUGCUGGGUACUUUGUAGAAGCACAUCCAUCAGACAGGUAUAUAAAGGAGACAAAUACCAAGAACAGUCCUGAGGAUCUCAACAACCUGAUCAAGAAGAACUGUCCAGACAUCACAACAUGGACACCAAAGCCUGGAUCUGUACUUGAUUUAGCUCUCACACUGAAAGACCCAUCCAACAGGAACGCCAUCAGUGAACCUCCGGCCAAUGGAAAAAUCUACAAGGACAAUUGGGAUUUUGGUUUAUAUUUGGAUGAACUGAACUCUGCCAUCAAUGCUGAAAUAUUUAAACAUAAACACUGGAUCCAGUUCUAUUACAGCUGGGCAGGAUUCAAAAACUACAAUCUUGUUGUUCGGAUAACUGAAACAGAUGAUGAUUUCAAACCAGUGUCAGGAGGUUAUGACUACUUGGUGGAUUUUCUGGAUCUUUCCUUCCCUUCUGAGAGACCCAAAAGGGAACAUUCCUAUGUGGAGAUUAAAAACAGAAUUGGGGUCAUGAGGUACGUAGUGCUGAAGGGACUGCUUUGGGACGACCUGUACAUCGGCUUCCAGAACCAGAUCAGCAGAGACCCUGACAUUUACCAUCACAAGUUUUGGAACCACUUCCAAACAGAGCUGCCCAUCUCUGCACCAGAUUGGGACUCUUUUCUCCAAGAAUUGCCACCAGCAGAGCCUGGGUCCACUUGUGUGCUUUCCUAA